CCUGUCGCUCCCCGGUAGUCGGGCGGCUGCAGUGGGACGGCUCCCUGUCUUGCUCUUCUGCCUCUGUUGUUCGGAGGAUGGACGCUGCUCCUCUCGCAGGGUCUCGCUAACGCUUCAUUGGGUUUUAGUUUGCACUGGGCAGCUUAUUUAUAUUGCGUGUGCGUUCUUCUUUGCCUGCCUCAAUUUUAUUUCUGUGCAGAUUUUCUUUCCAUUGCACCGUUUAGCUUUUGCAAAGGUUUUAUUUAUUUAUUUUGAAUGGGCUUUUAAUUUAAGGCAAAAGAAGUUUCAGUAUUUCCCUGAUUAAAAAUAUAAUUAGAUCUUCCUCCUGCUUGGUCAGAGCACAGGUUGUGUGUCUGUGUGUGUCUGUGUGAAGGUGAGAGACGUGUCUCUUUCUGUAGUGAUUCUGGGGUUUAUGGUUGGUGUUCGAAUUGCGUGGGGGUGCUGUUGCUAGCAGACCAAGUCUGAAAUGCCGUUCUGCUUUGCUUGAGAGGAGAGCGGAGGUGUGUGUCAGAUCCUUCCCUUCACCUCCUCCUUGUCUUGCUCUCUUCCCCUUCCCCCACAGCGGGACUGUUACACAUUUUCAUUUUUAUGCAUAUGUCACAUCUUUAGAUGCAUUGAUUCUGUUUUUUUUAGGCUGCCACAUGGCUUCCCCUUAAUUACUGAAGGCAGCCAUACAUUCCAAGAUGCCUUGUCUUAAAAAUCCAGUUUUCUGUGCUCAGAUCAACCUUUAUUUUUGGUGCUGAUGUUUAUCACAACAGUUCCUCCCACCUCCCACCCCCUGCCAAAUAUCACUCAAGUUCCCUGAUGACUGAAAGCUUGGCCUUAACAUUGGGAGGUUCAAAGGACUAUAAUGCUUGUCUUAAAAAUGUUUAGAAGUCAAACUUAAGGAGAAGAAAGGCUCUUGAUCUGAUGUCCUGUCAACCAGAUGAAUGUAUUUAAAGGCAGCUUGUUCAUGGAGCCAUUUUAAUCAAUGCCUAUUUCAUAAUUGUGUGAAAGUUACACAGGAGCUAAAAAACAUUCAGGUUGAGCAGAUGACAAAGCUGCAGGCCAAGCAUCAGGCAGAAUGUGAUCUACUUGAAGAUAUGAGAACAUUCAGUCAGAAGAGAGCUGCAAUUGAGAGAGAGUAUGCACAGGGAAUUCAGAAGUUGGCUAGUCAAUACUUAAAGAAGGAUUGGCUUGGAAUAAAACCUGAUGAGCGAAGUGAUUAUAGGAGCAUGUACUCCGUUUGGAAAUCAUUUCUAGAAGGCACAAUGCAGGUGGCCCAAUCCCGGCUCAAUAUCUGCGAAAACUAUAAAAACUUAAUUUCUGAACCUGCCAGGACAGUAAGAUGCUUCAAGGAACAGCAACUGAAAAAGUGUGUGGACCAGCUGACAAAGAUUCAAGCUGAAUUACAAGAGACAGUAAAAGAUUUAGCUAAGGGCAAAAAGAAGUAUUUUGAGACUGAACAGAUGGCUCAAGCAGUGCGGGAAAAAGCUGAUAUCGAGGCCAAGUCCAAACUUAGUCUUUUUCAGUCGAGGAUAAGCUUACAGAAGGCAAGCGUGAAGUUAAAAGCACGACGGUCCGAGUGUAAUUCAAAGGCUAUACAUGCAAGAAAUGAUUACCUUCUCACUUUAGCAGCUGCUAAUGCACACCAAGAUCGCUAUUAUCAGACAGACUUAAUGAACAUUAUGAAGGCUCUUGAUGGGAAUAUAUAUGAUCACCUUAAGGAUUAUUUAAUGGCGUUCAGCAGGACUGAGCUAGAGACAUGCCAAGCUGUACAGAAUACAUUCCAAUUUUUAUUGGAGACUUCUUCCAGCAGGGUGGUGCGGGAUUACAAUCUACAGCUAUUUUUACAGGAGAAUUCUGUAUUUCGCAAACCGCAACCCUUCCAGUUCCAGCCUAGUGACAGCGAUACCAGUCGACAACUGGAGUCUGAAACUGGAACGACUGAAGAGCACAGCCUAAACAAGGAGGCCCGGAAGUGGGCCACCCGUGUAGCACGAGAGCACAAAAAUAUCAUCCACAAUCAACGGACACUCGAGGAGUUAGAGUGCCAUGGCCCUGUGGUGUCUGAACAAAGCCGAGCAGAACUGGAACAAAAAAUAGAGGAAGCCAGAGAGAGUAUCCGCAAAGCCGAGAUAAUUAAACUGAAAGCAGAGGCUCGUCUUGAUCUGCUAAAGCAGAUAGGGGUGUCUGUGGAUACGUGGCUAAAGAGUGCAAUGAACCAAGUGAUGGAAGAACUGGAAAACGAACGCUGGGCGAGCCUUCCUGCCGUGACCAACAAUGGCUCUUCGCACUUGGUACUGUUUCCACUCAACGCUGAUACAGAAAAGGAAGAAGGUGAAGAAUUUGAAGACAGCAUGGAUGUGUUUGACGAUAGCAGUUCCAGUCCUUCUGGUACUCUAAGAAAUUAUCCACUGACCUGCAAAGUCGUUUAUUCCUAUAAGGCUUCUCAGCCUGACGAACUGACCAUUGAGGAACACGAGGUAUUGGAAGUGAUUGAAGACGGAGAUAUGGAAGACUGGGUAAAGGCACGAAACAAAGCCGGCCAAGUGGGUUAUGUGCCAGAGAAGUAUCUGCAGUUCCCAACAUCCAACAGCCUGUUGAGCAUGCUGCAGUCUCUGGCAGCACUGGAUAGUCGGUCACACACCUCCAACAAUUCAACUGAAGCCGAGCUAAUCUCAGGCAGCUUAAAUGGAGAUUCCAGUGUCUGUUUUGUGAAAGCACUUUAUGAUUAUGAGGGCCAGACAGAUGACGAGCUGUCCUUCCCAGAAGGAGCAAUCAUCCGUAUCCUAAACAAGGAGAACCAGGACGAUGAUGGUUUCUGGGAGGGUGAAUUCAAUGGGCGUGUUGGGGUUUUCCCUUCUGUGUUAGUGGAAGAACUGACAGCCUCAGAAAAUGGGGAGACUCAGUGGAUUGGAGAUCUUCAGGUGUCUCCAUCUCCAAAACCUCACAAUUCCCUUCCACCGUUGCCACUCUAUGACCAGCCACCCGCGAGCCCUUACCAUAGUCCGGAUAAAAGAGGCUCCCAGAGCUUUCCCAGAUCACCAUCAACUAAUGAAAACAGUUUCAGUUCGGAGUCUCCUGGAUUUUCGCAGCCUCCACGGCUUACUCCGGAAACGUCCUAUGGCAAACUGCGACCUGUGCGAGCAGCUCCUCCUCCCCCUACACAGCAUCAUCGCAGGACGACAGAGAAGAUCGAGGACGUGGAAAUUACUCUGGUGUAACGAUGGGACUAGCUAAGUAGUAGUGCUACAAUCAAGGCCAAAUGUGGUGUUUGGUCAACCUCGUUUUUAGGCACCUUUGCAUGAUGAAGACUUUUAAUAGAGCAAGGAAUAGGGAGGAUUUCUUGUGACAGUGACAUGCUGGAUUCCUUCCCACCAUCAUGAAUAUUUUGUGCCUUUUUUGUUUUAUAUACAUCAUUCUUCCUCCCUUAGCACAAACCAAGAUGGGCCAAACGGCAAGCAGAGGAGAUGCCUUGGAGCAGGUUUCUCUUUUGGCUGAAGAUGGUCAAUUUUUAUAUGGAGGCUUCAGAGAGAGCCUCAUUCAUGCAACUUAGUCAUAGCAUACUUAUAUCAUGUGCAUUAGUACAGUAUAUUACUGUUGCCAUAGGAAUGUGUUAAAGAUUGUCAAUUCUUCAAGUAGCAGUACUUGUCUGAUUAGAUAUUAAUCAGAUCUCAUGGAAUUACAAAAAAGGGAACAAAAGGAUAGGUUUAAAGAGAGGCUGGCUCCUCUUCAGUCCCCUUGAUGAAGAAAAAAAAAAAAAGGAAAAUAAUCUUAUAGAUAAGAAAAAAGUGCUGGAGACCACAUGACAUGAAUGCACACCUCUUCAAUAAUUAACUGUUAAACAGAACUAAAUGCUCUUUGUAUUAAUAUUUAUGCAGUUCAUUUAGUAAUAGAGUAUCUAAUAUGGAGGUGCUGAAUUAGUAGCAACAUCUUGUUUCCAUAGCAUAAACCAACUGGUAGAGAAGUAAGUGAGAUUUUUGUCUAGAUCUGGAAGUUUGAGUUUCAUUUCUUUUUCUUAGCAGAUGGGUUUUUUUUUUUCAUUUUGGGAUCACUUUUAUCCCGGUUAUUGCCGUGUACUUUAUUAUCCGACGUUAGCAGUUUAUCUUUGCCAUCAAAACAUCUGGCUAGAGUUAGAAGUUACAUUUAGAAUAUUUACAUGCAUUAUUUAGUUUCCGCAUUGGAUAGUCCUAUAGCAUUUCUCCCUGCAAAGCCCAUUAACUAGCCAAAAUCAGACAACCAGGACAUCCCUGGCAUAGGCCAGUCCUUCAGACCCCCUUUAGGGCUGAAAGUAAGAGAGGGAAUUGCGCUCUCAAAUGAUUUUUGUGCAAGAAAGAGUUUGAGGACGUCAAGACUAAUUUCAGACUGGCUUUCUCUGAGAAAGGAACUGUUGACAUUUCAGAGAAAUCAGGGUGUGUUGCGUUCUAGCGUGAAUCUAGCGAUGCGGCGGCUAGUAAAGCGACCAAAACGCUGGCUUGCAUCCAUAGAUGCUUCUCAAGCAAACCCCGGGACGUCAUUCUCCCCUUGUACUCGGCCUUAGUGAGGCUGCAGCUGGAGUACUGCGUCCAGUUUUGGGCUCCACAAUUCAAAAAGGAUGUGGAGAAGCUUGAGAGAGUCCAGAGAAGAGCCACGUGCAUGAUCAGAGGUCAGGGAAGCAGACCCUACGAUGACAGGCUGAGAGCCCUGGGGCUCUUUAGCCUGGAAAAGUGCAGGCUCAGUGGUGAUCUGAUGGCCACCUACAAGUUUAUCAGGGGUGACCACCAGUAUCUGGGGGAACGUUUGUUCACCAGAGCGCCCCAAGGGAUGACGAGGACGAAUGGUCACAAACUACUACAAGAUCGUUUCAGGCUGGACAUAAGGAAGAAUUUCUUUACUGUCCGAGCCCCCAAGGUCUGGAACAGCCUGCCACCGGAGGUUGUUCAAGCGCCUACAUUGAACACCUUCAAGAGCAAACCGGAUGCUUAUCUUGCUGGGAUCCUAUGACCCCAGCUGACUUCCUGCCCUUUGGGCGGGGGGCUGGACUCGAUGAUCCUCCGAGGUCCCUUCCAGCCCUAAUGUCUAUGAAAUCUGUGAAAUCUAUGAAUUGCAAUGGUAAGAAGGGUGGAGACACCCUUCCUUCCAGAUGAAAACAUUUGUUUCUAUAAAUACGAUCACUAAAUCGUUCUGAAAAUAGCAAUACUUAUCAAUCAAGGCUUCAGUGAAAAGGCAUCUACAACUUAUUUAAGAGCUGUUAUAUGGGUUAUAUUGAAUGCGCUCUUGUGUGUUCAUUUUUUCCUAUGUUGGUAAAGUAAGUUUCUACAUUUAGUUAACUAACAAGGGCUAUUUUUUUUUUGAGGCUGCAUUUACAAAAUCAUUGUACAAGAUGUUAUCAUAAACUUUGCACAUCCUUGUAAAUCCCAACCCCACCUGGGGCUCUGAAAUGUUAGUACUUGCCAAUGUCUCUCCUCCCAGUGGGAUUUUUAACCAAGAGUGAGGCUGUUGGAAGAAAAAGUUCAUCAGCCAGUUGCUAAAUCAAUGGCUGUCCAUUGAAGAUCCUUUUCCAUGUGUUUUCAUUCUUUUGCACCUCUUGUCCUGUUGAUCUGUUUGAGGUCUUUUUAUGUGUUUAUCAAACUUAUUCUUAAGUUUAAAAAAAAAAAAAAAAGUUUUUAAAAAGAUUUAGCUAUUUGCAAAAAAAAAAAGAAAAAAAAAAGCUUCACAAUGCAGAAGAAAUUCAAGUAUUGCCAUAAACGAUGUUCAAGUUCAAUUUCUUUGGCCAGUUUUUCUCUGUCCUUCAUAACAGACUUUCAAAAUUCAGAAAGUGUUAUUUAAAAUCUCUUUGGUUGUACUUUAAAAUAUUUUCUGUAAGAGCUGCUAAUUUUAUUUAAAAAAAAAAAAAAAAAGAAAAGUUGUAAAAAUAUGCCUCCUUUUUAACUAUGAUUUCUUCAUACAGGGCAUGUAUUCAACGUAUCAUCAUGUACAGUGUCAGUACACUGAAAGCAUUAGGUGCAAAUGCUUUCUUUAUAUUGGCUGUAAAAAGUUUGUAUUUAUUAUGUAUAAAAAUGUUGAAUAAUAAAAAAAAACAAAAACGUGGAA